UAAGCAGGCUUCACACCUUCUUGGAGUUUGAACGUUACCUUUGUGAAUGGUUAUGUCACAAGUUCUGUAGAAUAUUUUUUUGUUAUUAUGAAUUGAUUAGAGGUAUCACACAACUGAAGAUACCUCAAAUCAAAAUGUCUACACUAAUUAAAACUGCAAUUGUUAAAGUGCUCAGCCCUAGCCAGGGUUGUAAAAUAGCGGCUUGCUCGUACGUGCAGAACCGUAACAUCUCUGGUAAGACGCUGAGGGAGUCGCUUCCUCCUCCUCCCCCUAAACCAGCACCUUUCGACUAUGAAACGAAGGACUAUACCUGGCUGAGGAGUUUGUUCGACCGCACGACCCACAGGUUCGAUGACAACUCCAAAGUUAUCGUGGUCGAGGGUCCCGUUGCGUCCGGCAAGACGGAGUUCGCGGCCGCGCUGGCUGACGACCUGAACAUGAAACAUUUUGUCGAAGCAAACAUGGACAUCCAUUACGUGCGUCCGAAUGGCUACGAUCUGAGGAUGUUCGACCCCGAGAUCCCUGAAGACACGAGAACAUUCGACCAUGUCAACUUUAACCUGACUCCUAAUCACCGCCUGGUCGGUAACUACCAGCUCAUGAUGUACAUUGCUCGCUACAGCCAGUACAUUGAUGCAUUAGCCCAUGUGUUCAACACUGGGCAGGGUGUUGUGUUGGAGAGGUCUCCCUACUCUGACUUUGUGUUCUUGGAGGCCAUGUACAAGCAGAAGUUCUUAAGCCGUGGAGUCAGGUCCGUGUACUAUGAGCUCAGGAUGAACACCCUUGAGGAGUUGAUGAGACCUCACUUGGUCAUAUAUUUGGAUGUUCCUGUUAGCAAGGUGGAGGAAGCGAUCAAGACUAGGAAGCAUGACCAUGAGGUGAAUGGCAAGGCCCUCACGAAGGACUUCCUGACUGAGAUGGAGCGUCAGUACAAGAACAAGUAUCUCCGCGACAUCGCUACGCACGCCGAGCUGCUCGUGUACGACUGGAGUGGCGGCGGUGACGUUGAAGUCGUCGUUGAAGACAUCGAGCGUCUGAACUUCGACCAGUACACGGAGCGCGAGGAGCCCAAGAUGAAGGACUGGCGCCUGCCCCGCGAGAUGGAGUGGGCGGACAAGCGCAUGCUGUACACAAACCAGAAGCACUAUCUCAUGAACCUGUUCGGCAUCCCGAAACUAGAUGUGCCAGAACUUAUCACAAGUCCUGAUGACGCUUAUGAGAGGCAAAGGGUCAUCGACGCGCACCCGAUGUUCCAGCACAUGGAGGGCUACACUCCCGGGGAGUCCGUGCUAUUCAAAUCCAAGAUGUCCAAAUACACUGAAUACAUCUAAAUUUAGACGGUCUAUGUAGAAGGUUUUGUUAAUAUAAUUUAAAUAAAUACUUUAUUCGAAAUUUUUA